ACAAGAUAGUGGAGAGGGAAGAGAAAAGUGACAUGAAUGAUUGAAAUGCGGUAAAGUCGGGGUUUUUGCACUGUUAUUGGGAGGGAAGAGACUUUGUAAUUAUGUUUAAACAUGUUUCAUUUUCAUUAGAGUCGUUGAAUUGCCAAAUGUGCUCUUUCGGACGUUGCACGGAAGAGAACCGCCGGGUCUCCGGCUAUACAGUGCUCCGUAUCGGCGGCGGCUGAAUUGGAGGAACGGGCCUGAGCCGGGGGGAAGGGCUUGGCUUGUAGGGGGAUAUUGUAUCAGUAACGUCAUGGAGAAGUUGAGAUGCUGAUGAUACACUCUAUUGCGUUCGCUUUCAUAUUGACAUGCCCUCGGAAUAAUUUCUAUCUUAUCACGGAACCAUCUUCAACAUGGAUGGCAUGACUUUCAACCUCUACUAUUCCGAGCCGAUCUUAGCUGAGCGGGCACCGAAACGCCAAAAUUGAUGCGCGCCAGAGCCGAGACUCGUGAGAGCGUCUAGUGUUGUUAAGUUAGCGUGAGAGUGAUUGGAUCUUGCCAAUCAAGUGCCUUGCUGGGAUUAGACACCCUUUGGGCUCUUUAGGGUGUUUCUUGCCCGCUGCAGCCCCCGCAUGGUGGGGGGCGCGACGAACAUUUGCAGGCAGGUCGUCCGCCGGCUGCUGACAUGGAGCCUACCUACCUAGGGGAGUGGAAAGGCUGGGUCGGGUCCCUGAAUAAUGAAUGAACCAUCUCUCGUCUUGGGUCUAGACUGGAUCAAAGAUCCGUUCCAUCGUUUUGUUCUGUUACAUCUUCUUCUUACACGACAACAGCGACAGCGAUAUUUACACAAAUUCUGCAUUCUGCAGCAUUCAUUCACUCACUUACACCAGCCAUAAGUCCCCAUUCUCAUUGAGUCCCGGUACGACACUUUCAUAUAGUACACAGCCGCCGCGAACUUUUGGAAACUCGUCUUCUGUAUCCCGUCGUCUGCGACGCAAAUUCCGAGCCCUCGAGUGUCGCCGAGUAAUCCACGCCGCGUCUUUCACACACUCUCCCUCUCAUGUCGACUCUUGCGAGACUUGCGCAUUUGUAGGCAAUUGUUACGGCUGUGAGCCGGCCACCAUCCAUCUCUACCACUAUCCGUCCAUCUUGCUCCACCUCUGUCAUCCGUCGUACAUACCUUUCCGACGACAGCCUCACCAUGCCUCUCAUCAAUGGAAUAAAAAUGGCCUGCGAGCCCUGUAUUCGUGGCCAUCGCUCUACUAAAUGUACACACGCAAACGAGCGACUAAUGGUACCUGUUAGGAAGCCAGGUAGACCUCUUAGUACAUGCCCUCACCCGGCUUCUCGCCCAUGCUCUUGCGGCAGAGUCACGGCUGCGAUACCAAAGAAGCAAGCAUGUCAUUGCGGUCCCAGCAAAGAUACAGAAUCACCAAAACCUGAGAUUGGUGACAGCACAAGCAGCUCCACGCCCCAGAGCCCUGUUAGCAAAACACCAGGUUCUGGAUACCGAGUACAGAAGACGAGUUCGAAAGGCGGAAGUUCUAGCAGGAGAGAAUCUGUUGACCCAUCGGCCUUCCAGCGAAUGGAUCCCAAAAUGCUCAAUAUCUUGCCCUCAUUCGAGGACAUAUCCCAGAAGCCAGUCACGUCUCUUCCUGACAUGUCUCCCUAUGGGAGUGUAGGUAUGACACCAGCGGAAAGUCCUUUUGGACCCGUCAUGUAUCCAAUGUUCCAACCACAUAUACCACCCCCUAUGAUGAGCCCAGGCACGUCAAAGGAGACCAUAGCUGGCCAGUCUGGUUCAAUAACAAGCACGCAAGUUCUAGAACAACCAAUCCAGUCUACACCAAAAGCCGGCUCUUGCUGCGGAGGAGGCAAUUCUAAUAACAUUGCUUCCGUUCCGAUUACAAUGCCUUCAGUACCGAGCCCACCGAAAGCCAAGGCCAAGAGUUGUUGCUCUUCCAGUAACGACUCCCCCAAACUCGACCAAAAGAACGAUAAUGUACCAACCAACGAUAUACCGACGCCCAACAGCAUGAUGAUGUCGCCUUUUCCGACACCCAUCAUGAUGCCUAACGGCAUGUACGCCUACUACCCUCAGCCCACUGUGUUCACAUACCCACCUCAGUAUGGUUCAUACUUGCAGCCUCUUCAGCCGGAGCAAUGGAGACAAGUAAUGGCCGCGAUGACUUUUUCUGGUCAAGGGGGCAUGCCAUCGCCCUUCGGAAUGCAUGGUGCAACGCCGUUCCCAGCCCCAACAGCCCCUCAAACUCCCCAUUCAGCGACGGGCACUUCUCACCAGUGUAGCUGUGGUGCCUCGUGCGAGUGUGUAGGCUGCGCGGCCCAUCCGUACAAUGAAGCGACCCAGAACUAUGUCCGAUCGGCCUGGCAGAGCAUGAUGGACACCGGUUACACCCAUGUGAACGGACACGGAAAUGGUGAAACGCCCACAACAAAUGGCCACAGCGUUACCACAAGCACGGCUUCUGUACCUCCCAUCGGCUCUACUGACGGGACUGUAUCGCCAGUCGCCCCACAAACCCCUUCUGAAGCGGCGUCAGGCAUUAGUGAAGAGCAAGCAUUGUCGGCGAAUGAUUUCUUCUUUGUUAGUUACCCAUUCGGAGACUCUUGUGCUGGUGAGGAGGCAAGCUGUCCGUGCGGAGAUGAUUGUCAGUGUUUAGGCUGCGUAAUUCAUGGCAACUCCGAGUCAGCAGUGGAAGCAGAAGGCCAGGUUUAGAAGACACCUCUGAGAGUACGAGAGCUUCUUCGAAACCAUUCAAACUCGCCCAUUGAGAUCCCUCGGAUGCAAAGAAUCAUCACGUAAGGGGGAAAACAAGGAGGGCAGCGAUUUGCUAGGUAGUUUGCAGCGAUUAUACCCAUUGAAGUUUUGGACUGGUGAAGAAGGCAAGGCCACUGGGAGAUUGAGAAGAAUAGAGAAACUUUGGCAUAGUAUGCAUAGAAAUAACGAUUUACUCCCCUUCACGCUAUGAUACAUGAUUCUGAGUUCAUCGUGUUUUAAGGUCCUGUA